GUUUAAAACAUGUGACGUCACCAGUGAUCGACACAUCUUUGUCAGUGAACAAAAUGGCAACGUACUGUCUCACUGUGGCCCGGCUCCAGCUGGCUUUGGGUCACGGCGCGCGCCGCCUUCACGUAUCGGCGGCUUAUAGAGCCAAAGCCCGAGUGUCUAUGAGCCGCUUUGAGCCCGGCUCCUUUGUCAACUACGAGAGGCUCCAAUCCAACGUUGACGUUGUGCGACAAAGGCUCAACCGGCCGCUCACCCUGUCGGAGAAGAUUGUGUACGGCCACCUCGAUGACCCCCACAGGCAGGAGAUUGAGCGCGGGCGCACUUACCUGCGGCUGCGUCCAGACCGCGUGGCCAUGCAGGACGCCACGGCCCAGAUGGCGAUGCUCCAGUUCAUCAGCAGCGGCCUGCCGAAGGUGGCCGUUCCCUCCACGAUUCACUGUGACCAUCUGAUCGAGGCCCAGACCGGCGGAGUCCAGGAUCUGGCCAAAGCGAAGGAAGUCAACUGCGAGGUCUACGACUUCCUGUCCAGCGCCGGAGCCAAAUAUGGAGUCGGCUUCUGGAAACCGGGCUCUGGAAUCAUUCAUCAGAUCAUCCUGGAGAACUACGCCUACCCGGGAGUGAUGCUCAUCGGCACAGAUUCCCACACGCCAAACGGCGGCGGGCUUGGUUCCAUAUGCAUCGGCGUUGGAGGAGCAGACGCUGUCGAUGUCAUGGCAGGAAUCGCCUGGGAGCUCAAGUGCCCCAAGGUGAUUGGUGUGAAGUUGACCGGAGCCCUCUCAGGCUGGACGUCUCCUAAAGACGUCAUCUUGAAGGUGGCCGGCAUCCUGACCGUGAAGGGCGGCACCGGAGCCAUUGUCGAAUACCACGGACCGGGCGUAGACUCCAUUUCCUGCACUGGCAUGGCCACUAUUUGCAACAUGGGAGCAGAGAUUGGAGCAACGACCUCGGUGUUCCCCUACAACCACCGCAUGAAGACGUACCUGGAGAAGACGGGACGUGAGCAGAUCGCGGCCCAGGCGGAUGAAUUCUCACACUUGUUGGUGCCAGAUGACGGCUGCGAGUACGACCAGCUCAUCGAGCUCAAUCUGGACGAGCUGAAGCCUCACAUUAACGGGCCCUUCACCCCUGAUCUGGCUCACCCGGUCUCUGAAAUAGGUGCUGUUGCCGAGAAGAAUGGCUGGCCGCUGGAGGUUAAAGUCGGUCUGAUCGGCAGCUGCACCAACUCCAGCUACGAGGACAUGGGCCGCGCUGCUUCCGUGGCCAAGCAGGCUUUGGACAAAGGCCUGACGUGCAAAGCUCAGUUCACGGUCACCCCCGGCUCCGAGCAGAUCCGCGCCACCAUCGAGAGAGACGGAUACUCAAAGAUCCUUGGCGACGUUGGAGGGGUGGUCCUGGCCAACGCAUGUGGACCUUGCAUUGGACAGUGGGACAGGCAGGAUGUGAAAAAGGGAGAGAAGAACACAAUCGUCACGUCCUUCAACAGGAAUUUCACCGCCAGGAACGACGCCAACCCGGCGACGCACGCCUUUGUCACCUCCCCCGAGAUCGUCACUGCCAUGGCCAUCGCCGGCACGUUGAACUUCAACCCGGAGACGGAUUACCUCACAGCCGCCAACGGUGAGAAGUUCCAGCUGGACGCGCCGUACGGAGACGAACUGCCUGCCAAGGACUUUGACCCCGGCCAGGACACGUACCAGCACCCGCCCCCUGACGGCUCCAGCCUCCGGGUGCACGUCAGCCCCGAGAGCGACCGGCUGCAGCUGCUGGAGCCCUUUGACAAGUGGAGCGGCGGCGAUCUCGAGGACCUGAAGGUCCUCAUCAAGGUGAAGGGCAAGUGCACCACCGACCACAUCAGCGCUGCCGGACCCUGGCUGAAGUUCCGCGGGCACCUGGAUAACAUCUCCAACAACAUGCUGAUCGGUGCGGUCAACAGUGAGAACGACGGCAUCAACAAGCUGAAGAACUACCUGACCGGAGAGUACGGAGGAGUCCCCGACGUGGCCCGCCACUACAAGGCCAACGGGGUGUCGUGGGUCGUGGUGGGAGAUGACAACUAUGGCGAGGGCUCCAGCAGAGAGCACGCCGCCCUGGAGCCUCGGCACCUGGGAGGAAGAGCCAUCAUUGUCAAGAGCUUCGCCAGGAUUCACGAAACCAACUUGAAGAAGCAGGGUGUGCUGCCGCUGACCUUCAGCGACCCAUCAGAUUAUGACAGGAUCCGCCCCGACGACCACAUCUCCAUCCGAGGACUCAAAACCUUCGCUCCAGGAAAGCCGCUCACCGCCGCCGUGAAGCACAGCGACGGCAGCGAGGAGACCGUGAAACUGAACCACAGCUUCAACCAGACGCAGAUCGAAUGGUUCCAGGCGGGCUCCGCCCUGAACAGGAUGAAGGCGCUGCAGUGAGGUGGUGGAACGGGGAGGACGAGGGAAUUUCAGAGGGGACACAAAAAAAAAAAUCUGAAUUUUGUGUGGAAGAAGAAUGUAGAUGCUGUUCCAUCAUCUGCGACCAGCACAGACCGAAGAACCGUGACUGAACACCUCAGAGUUAAAUGUUGUCAUUUGAUGAAUGUUGAUGAUGGGACCAGGUCUGAGAUAUUUCUGAGUUCAUAGCAUUGUAGAAGAAACGCUGCUGUGUUUUUUAUUUUCAACUGUUGGCCGAACUUGAACACACUGAACUUUGACAUAACUCGAUAGCAGCUGUUCAAAGGCGUCUCAGGUAGCUGCUCACACACUGGACGUCCAUCCAACCUGCCCUGAUUUACACUCCACCCGUAACAGGAGUUGGUUGCUUGGUAUCUGUGUAGCUGCUGUGACCUUCUGGAGCCAAAGGAAACACGAUCAUGGUGAUGAGUUUGUUUGUUUGUUUAUUUAUGUGCUGUACACAAGGCGCUUCUCUAGUGUCACAAGGCACAGCGGCUGGAUCGUUCUAUCUAGUUUAAAGUUAAAGAAAGGUACCAUGGGACUCGUAGUGAAUCACGUGCUUGGGCCAGUUUGAGAUCAAAGUAACUUGAACCCCACAUAUUGAUUACGCUUUGUCAAUGUUCUUAUCAAUCACAGUACGUGUGACCAAUGGUUAAAGAACUUUUCCUUCCUCGCGUACAGAAAGAUGAUGCUUCAAACCUCCCGUCCACCGCUGACCCUCGUUACACUUUAAUGUUCAAUCACACGUUGCCUUGAAGAAAGUCUGUUACUGCUGGAGACAAAAGCUGAUAUUAGACUGUAAAUUACUACUUGUUUACUUCUUUAUCUCUGUGGAGAUAAUUAACUUGAGUGGUGAUUACAACUGAUCAGAAUCCAGAUGUCUUUGUAUUUACUAGCUCUUAAUUUUCCUUCUUGUUCCGUCCAAACUAAAUGAAUCAAGCGGUUAACAGAAUGAAAGCUUAAACCACAAUCUUCUCUCCACAACCAACUGACACUUUUUGGUUUACUUCUAUACCAGUGAUGAAUAUAAAUACAUUUCUCCCAGGUGAUUUUUUGUUGUUGUUUAUAACAAAUUUCAAUUGGUUGUAAAAUAAAAAUCAAAGCUGGGAUUUAUCUGCUUUGUCCAGUGAUGUGA